GUAUAAAAACCAUUGUGGGUGGUGAAAGAAUCAUCAUUCGAUCUGCAAACGUUGAACAAGCAACAUCGGAUAUAUUAUUCGCAACUGCAUAUUUUCAAGAGCAACACUUUGGAUUGUUUAAAACAUUUGACACAGCAAAAUUAAAAAUUUGAAAAAGCUAAAACACAAUUUUUCAAUUAUUACGGAAAUCCGCAUUCAUCCAGCAAAAAUGCCUCGCUACCAGAAACUUAUCAACGAAAGCGACGGCGACAGCAAGCCGGCAGCAACUACCAACCAGCAACAGCAGCAACAUCGCUAUCAGCAGCAGCAACAUAAGUCGCCGAGCGUGGGUUAUCACCUGUAUCUGUACCGGCAGCAAUUGGCGCAGAAAAAAGUGGAGUACAUGAGGUUGUCCAAGGCCAAGUACAUCAUAACCGACUCACUUUUGGCCAAAACGGUGCGGAAUUUGAAAGGCUGCAGCGUCGACGAAUUGAAGACGGUCAAUCAUCAGAUCGUUUUCCGCCACAAACUACGUCAUCAAAUCCAACGACUCCGAAAGCUGAAAAGUCUGGGCAUCAAGAACGCCAAUCCCAAAAUGGAAAGUACGGAACUGUGAAAUGGAGCCACAACAACACGAUCAACAAGAGCUUUAAUUAACUAUGUUUGAAUCAUAGUUUUAAAAAAAAACUCUUUAAUAGCUAACAAAUUUGUAAAUCUUUUCGUAAGUUAUAUUGCGCUAAAUUAGUUAAGAAUUUACAAAGCUUAUUAUAACAUUAGUUUAAGUGGCGGGCACUGCAUAAAUUUUUAAAUGUAAUAUAAGGCUUGUAUUUUAAAAGUUUAGAAAACAAAUCAACAAAUACAUUAGCUAAUUAUAGCUGCUUAUAC